AUCAGCUUAAUAAUCAGCUUAAUAUUAAUAUUAGCAGCGUCGUUAAUAUUAAUAUUAAUAUUGCUCGUAGUAUAUAUUAUAAAAGUCAAAAUUAAAGUAUGUUUCCUUAAAAUCGUUACUAAAAUAUAACAUGAUUAUAUUUUUGUAAACGAUCAUUGAAAUUUAAAAUGAGUAAUCGAGAAAAGCUGCCCGCAACUAAACAAAUGACGCGGGCUGCGUUAAUUAAUUUACAUGGAAAAAACGGAACAACGUUGGUUGCUGUCAAAAAAUACAUUUCCGAAACAUACAAUGUUAAUAUUACUACAGCUCGGAAAAAUAUGAUUAGAAAUUAUUUGCAUACUCUAAUUGAAUCGAAGGAAUUGUUGAUUAAAACGGGGAGAGGUUUAACAGGUCAUUUCGUGUUGAGAGAUAUAAAAAAAUUUACGAGCGGAGAUCAGCCGGCAAAAACCAAAAGAUUUGUAGUUAAAAUUACCCGUGAACUUCGAAAAAAAGCACCACGUGAGCAUGGUCAAACAAGUUCGAUAUUUGAUACACCGGCAUUUUCUGGUACUCUAGCUGGAUCUACACCAAUUGACGUUGUACCCAAAGCUCCAGCUAGGAAGGCUAAAAGAAUAAAUCGUCAAACGGUGAACCAUGACGAGACUCCACGAAGUUCUACACAAGAAAUUUGAUUUCAUUUAUAUACCGUUAUAUAAUGCUUUAAUAAAUCCUCCUCAUUAUUUUUGUUGUUUUGUAUGUGUAUUGUUACUUAUGUGUUGAAUUAUUUGUUAGGUUUAUAAUACUCUCAUAAUCGUGAAAUAAGAGAAACGAUAAUAUUUACUGUUAUCCUUAUAUAUACUUCGUAAAUAACAAAUGAUAUCAGUGAAAUAAAUUCUUUUUUGUUUAACUA